UUGUCCCGUCUUGUCCUCCUUCUCCUUAGUCUGACUCUGCUCCAAAACCAAACUUCCCAACACAAAAGAUCUUAGCUUUUGCGACCAAAAAAAACACCAAAGUUGUUAGCUUUUCACUUCGUUAAUGGAAGUAGAAGAAGAAGCAUAUUAUCUCACUUCACUCAGACAGCAAGAAGAAGAAGAAGAGAGAGAGAGUUUUUUGGGUUUGAGCUGCGCUUGCAAAGUGGUGGAGUAUUUGCAGCCAGUGAUGUCAAACGAGCUGCUCUGCAAGUUCCCGGACAACUCCGCCUUUGAUUUCGACUACUCGCAGAGCUCGAUAUGGUCCCCGUUGGUCCCCCGGGCUUACGCUCCCGUGGAUUUGGACCUGGAUUUGGAUUUGGAUUUCGCGACGCCGCGUAAGCUCAAUUUUGAGAUGGGGUUGGAAGUGAAGAAUCAGAACAGCCUUGUCGAAGCCGGUUCCGGCAUUAAGAAGAAGAAGAUCCCCACAACCGCAACUUGUUUCAAUCUGAAUCGGAGUGCUCUGAAGAACAAGCUGAUGAAGAGGAAGAAAAGCAAGAUGGUUUUGGCCUCUGAUUUCUCUCCGACUCCUGUUAACGUUAACUGUAACCCCAUAGCCUCGAAGGUGUGGAAUAAGGUGCUGAAAGCUGCCUCUAAGCAUUUCAAGAAAAAGAAGAAAGAUCCAAUGGAUCGUGUGAGGUUCUCCAAUUAUUUGAGAUCGGAUGGAAAUAUAUGAAGGAUUAAAUUUAAUUCCUCAUUUGUAAUUUUUUAUUGUUUCAUUUAAUUUGUUAAAUUCGUUUAAUUGUCUUUGUAAUCUGGAUGAUGAAUAAAAGCAACAUUACUUUGUAGAAGAAA